GUGACCCGCGAAAGGCCCUGGGCCGCCUUGGAGGUGGCCUCGGAGGCGGUCGACGAGGCCUGCGAAGCGGCCUGCUUGGUAGCCUCGGCCGCUUUUGUUGUGGUGCUGGUCGACUCGAAGCGGACCAUGCGGCGGCCCAUCGAGAGGCCCGACCGCCUCAUUACCAGAGCGAACGACAUUUCUAGAGCCGGUGUUGGCGAGGGAGAGUGAACAAGAGAGGAUUUGCCGGGCUGAUCUUCGCGGUCGCAGUUGAGAUUUUCGGCAGGCGGAGCGGAGAAAGGAGGACGGGGUGCGGCCGAGGAGCAAUCGCGGAUGGCGGCCGUGUGGGAGCUCGGUUUCGGCGAAGGGAACGACGGUUAUCGCGCAAUUGAAUCAGGACGGAGCCGGAGAUCGAGAAAAAUUGGAAAGCUCGGAAGAUCUCGAAAGGCGCUGGCCCACUGCCCCAGUUCUCGGCAAGAAAGCAGCCAAUCAGAAGCUUUGAUUGAGGACUGGCGCAAACUGGAAGCUCGGACGGAUCCAAGCUGCCCUUUUCCUGCUGAACCGUCGCUUUCAUCCUUGAUUCCCAUCAUUAUCACGGCUCUCACUUUGACCAAUUCAACGGCUUUCCUUUCAUACCGCACUUCGCGUUGGCCAUCGGCCCAGUCAGACUGCAUGUACUCAGUAUCAUACAAUAUGCUGAAUUUGAAAUCUUCAAGUCCGCAGAGACAGCGACCAUCUCCUAGAUGAAUUGAAACCUGGUUCACCAACACAGGGAAUUAACUCGAGCUGAGAACCACCAUGGCCGAACAGAAUAUGUGCUCCAUCUCUUCUAAUAAUGCGG